UAUUUUUUUUUUUAAGCAGAAAAACCAGACUUGUUCAUCUUUUCUAUAUAAAAAAAACAAACAAAAGGAGACAUCGUCUUCUAGCUUUUUGAUUAAGUCUGAUAAAUUAUGCCUCUAUAUCUGUAAUUCUCUGAGAAUUCGAUUCGAUGAAAGCUUCUCAAGUUUUGGCGGCUGCGGCGGCGAGGGUUGGACCGGCGUUAAGGAAGCAAGUAUUAACCUUGACGGACGAAGCUGCCUCUAGGGUUCAUCAUCUCUUACAACAGCGUCAAAAACCUUUCCUCCGAUUAGGCGUUAAAGCUCGUGGCUGCAACGGAUUGUCCUACACUCUCAAUUACGCCGAUGAAAAAGGAAAAUUUGAUGAGCUGGUGGAGGAGAAAGGUGUGAGGAUACUUGUUGAACCAAAGGCCUUAAUGCAUGUGAUUGGAACCAAGAUGGAUUUUGUAGAUGAUAAACUCAGAUCAGAGUUUGUGUUCAUCAAUCCUAACUCACAAGGACAAUGCGGGUGUGGUGAAUCGUUUAUGACAACAUCUACUUCUAGUGCUAAGCAGAGUGCUAGUUAACACACAGUGAUGCGUUUGCAUUUGUCGUUGCACUAUCAUAUAUUAUAUACUGUUACUGGAAUUGGCGUCAAUGAGAGACAAAGGCUUUGCAAUAAGAAUUGAGUUUUAUGUUUGUGCGCAACUUUAGGCAUUAGAUUGGUCACUUUAUUGCAUAUACGUAUAGAAGCUGUCCUGUUGUUGCUUAGAGAUAUUUCUAAAGCUAUGUAUUUAGUGGAACGGGUAAUUGUGCUUGUGAUACCUUUGAGAUCAAUUAAUGUAUUCCUUAAAGGCCUUGGAGAUA